CCGAGCCUUCUACCCUCUGUGAGCAUUUGAAUUGAUAACUACCGCCAGUACUAUAAAUAAACCAAUAUUUUUUUUUUUCAAAUUGUGACUAUAUAGUAAGUGAGCUAUGUCUUCGCUGGAGCACAUAGCAAACUUCGUAUGGAUAUUAACAACAAAAGGUGGUGUGCGGCGCGUUGCGUGAGGACCCUGCUCAGAAUGUCACGCGCGAACCAUCGACGAAGAAGAUGAAGUGUGUUCUCUCAGCAGGACGGAUUCCCCAACUCCUCCUGUUUCGACUAUCCGCCAUCCAGCAAAAUGCUGAAGAUAUUGGACAAGACUAUUUAUGCCUGCUAGGCUGUGUUUGCAUGACCAUCGGCUUCUUGCUAUCAGUAGUCACAGUCAUCGUCCUCGUCAUGAACGGUUUGUCAAACAGCCCCGAAAUGACCCAAGAUGAUGAGGGUAGCGGUGGGUCAUCGUCGUCGUCGUCUUACCCAUCAUACCCGUACCCAACCCGUGCAACCGUUCAAGUCUUCGUAGAGAGUUCGCUGCCUGUGCUCCUCAAUGUGGUGAUGUCAGUUGAACCGCCGAUACCAACAGUGCCCACUAUGUUAACAGUGCCAGCAACGACACCGAACGAGACGACUAUUCCGGCUCGCCCUCCCCCUCCGACUACACCUGAAACUGUGCUUCCUGGAGAAUACUACGAGGAGACUGACACAACUGGAGAUGACUACGACUACACUCCACCUCCCGCGAACUAUUCAGAUUCGACGACACCUGUCCACAUCCCACUGUUGUGCACGGUGAGCGUGAUGAUCAAGGGAUCCAGCGCGCUGCCGGACGACGGCCUGUGUGACGUCAUCUUCUACGACUCAUUCUAUGUGAAGAACGAUCCUCUCAGCUGGCAGGACGCUCACCUGGAUCAUUUUUUGGACUCGGGCAAACAGAUGCUAACCACCGGCAUCGGCGUCUCCCUUUCACCGGUGAACGGCAAACUGUUCAUUGAUGCCUUCGCACCGGCUUUCCUGUCUAUCAUCGACAAGUUCUUGAAAAGAGGAGUGUAUAGCUUUGGCAUGCUGAAUGUCCAUGGCAAAUAUACUGCCGCGGCUGAUUUGGCAAAAUGCCUCGAUAUUCUACAGGUACGCUUCGCAGAUGGCCUUCGUAUAGAAAAUCUAGCAAAAAUGGAGAUACAAAAGAAUUUAUAGUUUUUGUCUCCUGUUAGGCAAUAGAGAUUACCGCCUUGAUAGUAUAGAAUUGCAGUGUCACUAAAAAGUCGCAGUUUCGCCCGAAAGGCGAAGUAUCAAUUGCGAUAGCAAAUUAGUAGAGAGCUAUACGGAGUAAGGAUAGUUUUACCGGCGGUAUAAACUUGGACACAUUCGCUUACUAACUGAAUUAACAAGCAUGGUGUCAGCGCGCACAAGCAAACGCUCGACGAUCCCACUCGACGACCGCAGGCAACCGCUGUCAAAACGCUGGCGUGAAACAGCGCAACAGUAGCAGCGAGCGAAGGUUCGUGCGGCCUAUCGCUUCAACGGAAACUGAGCGGCGAAAGCACAGCGCAUACAAAGCUAUGAGCCGUCUGCAGAUCGCUUUCAAGAUACGGUGCGGGCGACCGGCCGCAGUCGCUCAAAGCACAAAUGCGCAGUUGUGGACAGAGUAGAAGACGUACCCCUCCAUCUCGCGUUGCCUCCCCGCUUUCCUCCUUUCAAGCUGAAGCAACUGCUUCGUCGCAUUCAUCUCUAACUCUUCCGUGAUAUCUGUACUUUUCCUUCGUUAAAUGCCGCUGCGGUAUCAAAAACCUUAAGGUAAUCAUGUAUUUCAGGCUGCGCAUAGCUGUUGAUGUAUUAAAGGCAUCAGC